AUGUCUGCCCCUCGAGAGGACGUGGUGAACCCAGACUCUGAAGUUGUUCCCAUUGGACACGACACUGAAAAUGAACGCAACGUGGUGGUGAAUCCAGACUCUGACCACGAUCCCUCUGGCAUCCAAGUCCUCUCGACGGUGGUGAAUCCACAAGGCGGCGCUGUUAACCAGGGUACCACAUUCUUCAUCCGCAACGAGCUCAGGGCUGCGCACACAGUCACUGUCUGGGUCGGCCGCAGCGCUAGUCAUCUCGACCGAGAUCUGAUCCUGGCCAUCCGGGUCGAAUGGAGCGACGGCAGGCACCAAACCAGCGGAGACCAGGUCACGAGCAGCACCCAGCACUCGUUCCGGUUUGACGAGGGGGAGACGGUGACCUCGAUGAGCAUCUGGGCAGGAGACCGUGUGGACCGCAUCAGGUGGCGGACAAACAGGAACCGCAACUUUGACGAGGGCGGAAAGAACUACCAAAAUGGAUUUGGCGGGCGGGAGCGCGUCCAGAACGUUGGCAACGGCGUCCUUCUGGGCUUCCACGGCAGAGACACUCCGAACACGCUCUUCUCACUUGGCUCCAUCUUCAGAGGCCCGAAUUGA